AUGUCAACUACGUUGGAAAGUUAAAUAUUAUCAGCAAUAUGGGCUAUGUAUUAACGAAAUCAGAUUUCUAUGGAGCAAAAAGGAUACGUAAAGGAUUUAUUAAUUAGGAAGGAUAAUAAUUUAUAUUAAACUGUUUGUAAGUGCAAAGGAUAAGAUUAACUAGAAGAAAGGCUUCUUGAGAUUCUGAAUUGUAUUUAUUUUUAAUUUUGUUUGAUUAGGGUUCCCCAAGAGAACUUGAUGCUGAAGAAAAUUCAUAUCCAAUUGUCAGAUUGA